AUGAUGUAUGAUUCUAGUGGACCUCCUCAAGAAAAUUUAAAUGCAUUGCAAAGGGCAAUAGAUUCAAUGGAAGAAAAAGGAUUGCAAGAAGAUCCCAGGUACUCUCAAUUAUUGGCCCUAAGAGCGAGACAAGGCAAUAUGGACCCAAAUCAAAGACCUCCUUCAAUACAAGGAAAUUAUCCUCCUCAACAUCCAGAUAAACCACCUUCGCCUCAACAGAAUUCCUCAAAUCCUAAUGGACCAAAUGGACCGGUAGCCCAAAAUAAUUUAACUCCUGCCCAAAUGCAACAGCUAAGAGUACAGAUAAUGGCAUACAGAUUAUUGGCUCGACAACAACCUUUAACCCAACAAUUAGCUAUGGCUGUCCAAGGAAAAAAUUCACCUCAAGGAUAUCCACCAGUACCUUCAGCACACCAUCGGCAACUAGAACCUGGAGAAAUUGUAGAAAACAGUAUGCCGAUGCCAUCAGGAGGUUCUAUGAGAUUACCAAUGCCAAUGCAAAAUUCCCCCAGACAAGCCAAUCCUCCUGGUCCUAUUCCACAAUCUCCUGUUCGCAUGCCUCAGCCUGGUUCAGCCCCACAAACACAAAUUCAACCACCCCCAAAUGCCCAACAACACCCGCAAGGUCCACCACCAAACCAACCUCCRCCUGUUUCAAUGAAUGGACCUCAACCACCUCCUAGUAUGGCUCCAGGAAUACCUCAAACUCCACAGCAAAUUAAUACCCCACAACCUGUUGGUCAACCACCUAUAGGAGGAGUCCCUCAGUCUAUGAUGGGUGGUCCACAACAAAUGUCUAGUAUACCACCACAUAUGCCCAAUAUGCCCACAACAAAUGGACCAUCACCACAAUCACUACCUCAACAACAACAGCAGCAGCAACCACAACCUCAACCUCAACCUCAAUCACAACAACAACAACAACAGCAGCAACAACAACAACAACAACAACAACAACAACACCACCAACAACAACAACAACAGUCCUCUCAACAACAGCAACAAGCACAGGGUCCUCCUCCUCCAGUUAAACAAAAUAGAACUACAUCGUGCCCUAAACCUGUUGGUUUGGAUCCUUUAAUAAUAUUACAAGAACGUGAAAACCGUUUGGCUGCACGUAUUGCUCAUCGUGUACAACAGUUGAGUAAUUUGCCAACAACAAUGAGUGAUGAUCUACGAAUCAAAGUAGAAAUUGAACUUAGAGCUUUAAGAGUAUUAAAUUUCCAAAGACAAUUAAGAGCUGAAGUUGUUGCUUGUACUCGUCGUGAUACAACCUUAGAAACUGCUGUUAAUGUAAAAGCAUAUAAAAGAACAAAACGACAAGGUCUUAGAGAAGCUAGAGCAACAGAGAAAUUAGAAAAACAACAGAAAUUGGAAGCUGAAAGAAAGAAACGUCAAAAACAUCAAGAAUAUCUAAGCACUAUAUUGCAACAUUGCAAAGAUCUUAAAGAGUAUCAUAGAAAUAAUAUUGCAAAAAUUGGGCGUCUCAAUAAAGCUGUUCUUAAUUAUCAUGCCAAUGCGGAGCGGGAACAAAAGAAAGAACAAGAAAGAAUUGAGAAAGAGCGUAUGAGAAGAUUGAUGGCUGAAGAUGAAGAAGGCUAUAGAAAAUUAAUUGAUCAAAAGAAAGAUAAACGUUUGGCUUUCCUUCUCUCACAAACUGAUGAGUAUAUUGGAAAUCUUACUGAGAUGGUCAAAGAACAUAAAUUAGAACAGAAGCGUAAGCAACAAGAAGAACAAAAAAAAAAGAAGAAGAGUGACGGGCCUGAAGAUCAUGAUGAAAGUUCUCAACAAUCAGACAUGCACGUUGCAGUUUAUGAACCUACUACAGUUCCAAUACUGUGCUUGUUAGUUUUGAUAUCAGAUACAAUGUCAAAUUGGGUGUUGGAAUUUGAAAAAUGGUCUCCAUCAGUUUUUGUUGUGGCUUAUAAAGGCUCACCAAUAAUGCGUCGAAAUUUACAGACACAAAUGCGAUCUAAUAAAUUUAAUGUCUUAUUAACUACAUAUGAAUAUGUUAUAAAAGAUAAAUCAGUUCUUGCUAAACUUCAUUGGAAAUACAUGAUUAUAGACGAAGGUCAUCGUAUGAAAAAUCAUCACUGUAAAUUGACACAAGUCUUAAACACUCAUUAUAAUGCUCCACACCGACUACUGUUGACUGGUACACCACUGCAAAAUAAACUCCCUGAACUUUGGGCUCUUCUUAACUUUUUGUUGCCAUCAAUAUUUAAGUCAUGUUCAACAUUUGAACAAUGGUUUAAUGCACCAUUUGCAACUACUGGAGAAAAGGUUGAAUUAAAUGAGGAAGAAACUAUUUUGAUUAUUCGCCGUCUUCAUAAAGUAUUACGUCCAUUCUUAUUAAGGCGUUUGAAAAAAGAAGUUGAGUCCCAAUUACCUGAUAAAGUAGAAUACAUUGUUAAAUGUGAUAUGUCUGGCUUGCAACGAGUUUUAUACAAACAUAUGCAAAGUAAAGGUGUAUUACUAACUGAUGGUGCUGAAAAAGGCAAACAAGGUAAAGGUGGUGCUAAAGCUCUCAUGAACACCAUUGUUCAAUUGCGUAAGCUGUGCAAUCAUCCAUUUAUGUUUCAAAGUAUUGAAGAAAAAUAUUGUGAACAUGUUGGUACUGCUGGAAAUGUUGUUCAAGGGCCAGAUUUAUACAGAGUGUCAGGAAAAUUUGAGUUACUGGAUCGAAUUUUACCAAAACUGAAAGCCACUAAUCAUAGGGUAUUAUUGUUCUGUCAAAUGACCCAACUUAUGACCAUUAUGGAAGAUUAUUUAGGAUGGCGAGGUUUUGCAUACUUGCGCUUGGAUGGUACUACUAAAGCUGAGGAUAGAGGAGAUCUUUUGAAGAAGUUUAAUAGUGCAGGCAGUGAAUAUUUUCUAUUUUUAUUAAGUACAAGAGCAGGUGGUCUUGGAUUAAAUUUACAAGCAGCCGAUACUGUUAUUAUAUUUGAUUCGGAUUGGAACCCACAUCAAGAUUUGCAAGCUCAAGAUCGUGCUCAUCGUAUUGGUCAACAAAAUGAAGUACGGGUUCUUCGUUUAAUGACUGUAAAUUCUGUUGAAGAGCGUAUAUUAGCUGCUGCUAGAUACAAGUUAAACAUGGAUGAAAAAGUAAUCCAGGCUGGUAUGUUCGAUCAAAAAUCAACAGGAUCAGAGCGUCAACAAUUCUUACAAUCUAUUCUACAUCAAGAUGAUGGAGAUGAUGAAGAGGAAAAUGAAGUACCUGAUGAUGAAGUUGUGAACCAGAUGAUAGCUCGGUCGGUAGAUGAAUUUGAAGCAUUCCAAAAAAUGGAUCUUGAGCGUAGAAGAGAAGAAGCUAAAUUUGGCCCAAAUAGAAAGUMAAGGUUAAUUGAAAUAUCAGAAUUACCAGAAUGGCUUGUUAAGGAUGAAGACGAGGUGGAAAGAUGGACUUAUGAAGAAGAUUCGGAAGAGAUUAUGGGACGUGGUUCUCGUGCUCGUAAAGAAGUAGAUUACACUGAUAGUUUGACUGAAAAAGAAUGGUUGAAGGCAAUAGAUGAAAAUGUUGAUGACUUUGAAGAUGACGAAGAAGAAGAAAUUAAAUCAAACCGUAAAGGAAACCGUGGUAAGAAAAGGGGUAAAAGAAAUGCAGAUGACGAUGACGAUCCACCAAUUAGACGACGUAAAACAAUUGGACCUGAAGAAUUAAAACUUCGAAAAAAAAUGAAAACUAUCAUGAACAUAGUAGUAAAAUAUACAGAUUCGGAUUCCAGAAUACUUAGUGAGCCAUUUAUGAAAUUACCAUCUAGACAUAAAUUACCAGACUAUUAUGAAGUAAUAAAAAAACCGAUGGAUAUUAAAAAAAUAAUGGCAAAAAUUGAYGAUGGAAAGUAUGCAGAUUUAAAUGAACUUGAAGCUGACUUUGUACAGUUAUGUAAGAACGCACAGAUAUAUAAUGAAGAAGCUUCACUUAUUCAUGAAGAUUCCAUAGUUUUACAAUCGGUUUUCACAAAUUCUCGUCAACGAUUAGAAUCAACCGAUAUUCCAGAAUCAGGACCAGAAGAAGGAACAAAAAGUGAAGACGAGGUUUCAGAUGCUGAUACCACUUCAUCUUCUGUUAAAUUGAAACUGAAAGUGAAACCUCGUGGUAAAGGGUCUGAAGUUCGGACAUCUAACAGACGAAAAAAAAAGAAGCAUGUAAGUGACGAUGAAGAUGAUGAAGAUUCUAAUUCAUAAAAUUCUAAUUAAGAUUAAGUGUGUGAAUCUUUAAACAUCAUUAGUGUCUAAAUUUAAGUAAUAUUUUAUGACAUUAUUUUAGGUAUAUAUAUUUUUUUUCUAAAAUCUUUAAAUCUAGAAUUASCUUUUUAAAAAUUAAAUMUUGGUUUAUAAUUAAAUAUACAUAUGAUUUAUA